GUUGUUUUAGUUUUUUUUUUUUUUUUGAAAAUCUUAAUGGGUGUUCAAGUUCUUGCUGAAUAUCACCUGCUUUGCAUGUGGGUUUCUGAUUUUGUUUGGUCUUGGUGUUAAAGUUGUGAUCUUUUUGGGGUUUGGUUAGUUAAUUUUAGUGCAUGGUCAAGUAUUUGCUGAAUAUAGCUUGCUUUGCAUGUGGGUUUGUGAUUUUGUUUGGGCUUAGUGUUCAAGUUGUGAUCUUUUUGGGUUUUGGUUGGUUUAGUUUACAGUGGAAGUAGUGAUAGUGAUGGUCAAUUCUUUAUUUCUUUGGUUUGCUUGAAAAUCUGAAUGGAUGUUCAAGUUCUUGGUGAAUAUUACCUGCUUUGCAUGUGGGUUUGUGAUUUUAUUUGGGUCUUAAGCUGAAGUUGUGAUCUUUUUGGGUUUUGGCUUGUUGAUCCUACAGGGGAAAGUUAUGAUGGUCAUGUCAAUUCUUUAUUUCUUUAGUUUUCCUGAAAAUCUUAAUGGGUGUUCUAGUUCUUGCUGUAUAUCACCUGCUUUGCUUGUGGGUUUGUGAUUUUAUCUUGUCUUAGUAUUAAGUUUGUGAUCUUUUUGGGUUUUGAUUAGUUUUUUUCCAGGGAAGGUAAUGAUGGUGAUGUCAAUUGUUUGUUCUUUUAGUUCUCUAAAAAAGUAAGUGUUCAAGUUCUUGCUGAAUGUUGUCUGCCUGGCAUGUUGGUUUGUGAUUUUCUUUGGUCUUAAUGCUAAAGUUGUGAUCUUUUUGGGUUUUGGUUUAUUUUAUUUCACAGUGGAGGUAAUGAUCGUGCUGUCAAUUGUUGUUUCCUUAGGUUUUCUUGGUUUGCCUAUGAAAUUUGAUUCUGGUGUGGGUAGGGUUGACCUUAAGAAAAAGUGAACUGCAUGAACAAAUCUCUCCUUUUUGUCUGAAAUGUUCCAAUUCUGUUGUGGGUUCCUCAAAACAUUGAGCUGUCUGUGAAAACUUAGUAUUAGCCAGGGUUCAUUUUCUUUUCCGAAAUUGAUUGAUGAUUCAUCAUUUUUUUGGAUAAAGUAUUUAUGAUUUAUCAUCUGGGCACUCUAAUCUUGGUUACAUGUUGAUUUGAUGUUACACGGCAUCUUUUGGCCUUAGACCUAUAAUAAUGGAAGGUGAAGAAUAUGUCAUCCAUGACGAAACUGACUAGAUGGAGAAGUCUCUAAAGAAACUCAUUUCAGAUGAUUCUGAAGUUCCAUCAGCAAAGACUUCUGGUACAGAGAUGAAUGCUUGGAAAAUACCCCUUUUUGGAACAGCUGCACAUCAUGCAUCAACUGAUGCAAGCUUGUUUUCUAGCUCACUGCCUGUUCUGCCACAUGCAAAAUUAAACUUCGCUGAAUCUGAGAACUACGGUCAAUCCAUUGAUGACAGCUCACCCAGCAUUAAAGAUCAACUGGAAGAGGAACCAAGUCCAGAUGGGUGUUUGCUCCCUGGCGAUGAAGAUGAGCUAUUAGCAGGCAUAAUGGAUGAUUUUGAUCUUAGUGGGUUGCCAACUCAGCUGGAGGACUUGGAAGAUGAUUUUUUUGGCAGUGGUGGAGGAUUAGAAUUGGAAACUGAGUCUCUGGAUAAUUCACUUAAUGGUUUUGCGAAAUUAAGCAUGUCUGAUGGUAUUCUUGGAAAUAGUGUUGGACAUCAUGUCUUCCCAAACAGUACUGGAACUGUUGCGGGAGAACACCCAUACGGAGAGCAUCCUUCUAGGACAUUGUUUGUUCGGAAUAUUAACAGCAAUGUAGAGGACUCCGAGCUGCAAUCUCUCUUUGAGCAAUAUGGUGAUAUCAGAACUUUGUACACUUCAUGCAAGCAUAGGGGCUUCGUGAUGAUAUCUUACUAUGAUAUUCGAGCUGCUCGAACCGCAAUGCGUGUACUUCAACAUAAGCCUCUAAGACGGAGAAAGCUAGACAUUCAUUUCUCAAUUCCUAAGGAAAAUCCAUCAGAGAAAGAUAUUAACCAAGGAACACUGGUCAUUUUCAACUUGGAUCUUUCAGUAUCCAAUGAUGAUCUCCUCCAAAUAUUUGGGGCUUAUGGGGAAGUGAAGGAGAUAAGGGAGACACCGCAUAAGCGCCAUCAUAAGUUCAUUGAGUUUUACGAUGUUAGAGCAGCUGAGGCUGCCCUCAAGGCUUUAAAUAGGAGCGACAUAGCUGGUAAGCGGAUCAAGCUUGAACCCAGCCGGCCUGGUGGAGCCCGUCGAAGCUUGAUACAACAACUUAGUCAAGACUAUGAACAUGAAGAAGCUCGAACAUUUAGGCACUCGGUUGGUUCUCCAAUCGCCAGCUCUCCUCCAGGCAGCUGGUCAAACUUUGGCAGUCCUGUUGAGCCGAGCUCAUUGCUAGGUUAUAAUCAGUCACCUGGUCUAAGAAAUCUCAGCCCUGUAAAUGGAAAUCAUAUGCCAGGGCUGGCUUCUAUUCUUCCAGGCCAUUUUUCAAGUCCUAAGAUUGCUCCUAUUGGUAAAGAUCCAGGACGGCUUGGGCCUCUGAAUCAUGCAAUUACUAGUCCCAAGUCAGUGCAAGGAGUGGGUUAUCAACAUUCUUAUUCAGUUCCUGAGCAUAAACCACAUUUGAACUUUGGAUCUAUGUCGCUUGUUGAGCCUAAGUCAUCUGGGAUUGGGACACUUUCCGGACCACAAUUUCUUUGGGGAAGUCCCCCCGUACAGUCCGAACAUACUGACUCUUCUGUCUGGUCAAAUUCAUCAUUGGCACAUCCAUUUGCAUCAAAUGGACAACAGCAAGGCUAUCCAUAUUCCCAUCGACAGGGCUUGUUCCUCGGAUCACAUCAUGUGGGAUCUGCUCCAUCAGGAAUUCCCCUGGACAGGCGUUUAGGUUUUUUCUCCGAGUCUCCUGAAACGUCAUAUAUGAACCAAGUAGCAUAUGGUGGUAAAGGUUCUAGUCAUAACAAUGGAAGCCAUGUGAUGAGUAUAGGUAGCCUUGGGGCAAUGAACAUGAGUGUUUCUCCUAGCUCUAGAAUGAUGUCGCUGCCUAGGAACGGGCCUCUAUUUUUCGGAAAUGGCUCUUACGGAGGAAUAGGAAUGGCUAACAAUGAAGGGGCAAUGGAACGGGGUCGAAGUCGAAGAGUUGAGAGUGGAAAUGAGAUAGACAACAAAAAACAAUAUCUGCUUGAUUUGGGGAAGAUCAUGAGUGGAGAAGAUACUAGGACUACUUUAAUGAUUAAAAACAUCCCAAACAAGUACACCUCAAAGAUGCUACUCACAGUAAUUGACGAGACUCAUAAGAAUACAUAUGAUUUCCUCUACUUGCCUAUUGACUUCAAGAACAAAUGUAACGUUGGUUAUGCCUUCAUCAACAUGGUUUCUCCUUCACAUAUUAUCUCCUUUUAUGAGGCAUUCAAUGGGAAGAAGUGGGAAAAGUUCAACAGUGAAAAGGUUGCUUCCUUGGCUUAUGCUCGUAUCCAAGGGAAGACAGCCUUGGUUGCUCAUUUCCAGAACUCAAGCUUAAUGAACGAAGACAAGCGGUGCCGGCCAAUUCUUUUCCGGUCAGAGGGCCAAGAAGCAGCUGACCAGGAACCGUUGCCAUCCUACAAUUUGAACAUUUGCGUCCGUUUUCCUGAUGGGUCCUAUUCUGGAGAUUCUCUGGAUAGUCCAAAGGGUGAUCUAGAUGAGAAGCUCUACAUAAUGCACCAAGAGAGGACCUGACUCUUGACCAUAUGAUACAUGGUGGCAAUGAGUUCUAACUGUGAAUAGGAAUAGUAGUACAUAAUAACUUAUUAAGCCGGAAAUCGCAUAUAAUCUCGUCUGUGCUAGGCAGUGUCUGCUUUUUGAAUGAAUGACACUGUCACAUAUAAUCUCGUGUGUGCUAGGCCGUGUCUGCUUUUUGAAUGAACGACACUCCACAGCAUGCGGGGCAAAAUGUUACGAGGCAGAGAGCAUUUUGUUUUUACCUCGAGUGUUGACAAGUUGAAGCAUUCAGGCAACAUGUGAAGUCUCUCUGCUGUUGAUAAUGCUUUGCUGCUAGAAGUGUACAUAACCUCUCCUUUUUACUUCUUUGGUUGUCAUGUACACUUCUUGUGGUGAGUUUGUCUUGCCACGCAGUAUACAUGUUUAGAGUGUAAUGGGGCUGUUUCUAAGUGUAUGAUAUGGAAUACAGAAUCCUGCACUUUUUAUGGAUUUCACCUCUUUACUGAUGUAAUGAAGGCAACUGUUGUAAUUAUAACUUGAAUGUGCGGUUGAACUUAUGCUACUUAUUUCAUCAA